GCGGGGUUCGGGCACGAAGGGUCGGGGAGGCGGCUGGACUCGCCCCCAUCGCCGGCUCGCAUCCCCCCCUGCCCGGCCGGAGCCGCCCGCGGCUCCCCCGGGGCUCGGCUCUGGCUUUUCGCUUUCCCUCUGAAGUCUGGAAAACUUCUUUUUCGCACGGCAGCGAGAAAAUUCUGCGUGUUCAGCACCUCGGUGGUGAGGGCUGCCUCGGGUUACAGCGUCCCCAAACUCCCCGGGAAGGGAAAGGAAAGGAGCGGAUGCCUUUGGUUUGCUGUCAUCAGCACGGAGCCACCCCGGCAGAGGGGCUGCGUGCCCGUGCAGGGAUUCUUUGCCGCCGGAGCCCGCGGGCGUGCGGGCAGCGCGGGGCGAAGGAAGGGGAUGAGGCAGCGCAGGGGAUGUGCCCGGCGUGGGCAUCAUCGGGCACCUCCGUGGGAGAUGCCAGUUGCGCCUGGAUGCGGCAUCAUCCAGACCCGCCGCCGGCUUUGCUAUGAGCUCAGCCGGGCCCUGCCCCCGCCGGGACCAGCAUGGGCAGCGUGAGCAGCCUCAUCUCCGGGCACAGCCUGCACAGCAAGCACUGCCGCGCCUCCCACUACCGCCUCCGCAAGCCCUCCCACCUCAAGAAGCUCAACCGCUACUCGGACGGGCUGCUCCGCUUCGGCUUCUCCCAGGACUCCGGACACAAGUCCGGCUCCAAAAGCAGCAAGAAUGAGGACUUCUUCUACAUCAAGGUCAGCCAGAAGUCCCACGGCUCCCACCGGGACUACACCUCCCUGGCCGGAGGGGAGCUGGGCCAGGCUGGCGGCAGCAGCAUCGACUUCGGGACGCCCACGCCGCAGAAGCUGCUGCCCUUCCCCAGCCAGCUGGAAGUGGGUGUGGACAAGCCUCCUGCCCGUCCCACCGCCUUCAAGCCGGUGCUGCCGCGCUCGGGGGCCAUCCUGCACUCCUCCUCCCCCCCUGAGAGCGGGGGGCACCUCCCCCCGCCCCUGCACCCCCCGGAGAAAGCCAAGGAGCAGGAGCUGAAGCCCGUGCUGUGCUCGGGGGGUCUGUCUGACUCAGGCAGGAACUCCAUGUCCAGCCUCCCCACCCACAGCACCAGCAGCAGUUACCAGCUCGACCCCCUCGUCACCCCCAUGGGCCCCAUCAGCCGCUUCGGGGGCUCUGCCCACAACAUCCUGCAGUGUGCCAUCAUCCAGGACAGCAACAUGAUGAGCCUCAAGGCCAUGUCCUUCUCCGACGGGGGCAACAAGAUCCUGAACCCCGGCAAAGCCCCUCACCACCACCACGGAGCCGCGGAGAAAACCGCCUGCGUCCGCUCGCCCAUCUCCACCGACGAGUCCACCAUCCAGGAGCUGGAGCAGAAGCUGCUGGAGAGGGAGGGGGAGCUGCAGGAGCUUCAGUCGAGCUUCGAGGAGAAGGAAAUCAGCUCCUGCCAGGCCUACGAGGAGAAGCAGCGGCGCUGCAAGGAGGAGCUGGAGGGCCUCAAGCAGAAGUGCAACAGCAAACUCAAGCAGACCUCGCAGAAAACGCAGCGCACGCAGCAGGUCCUUCACCUCCAGGUCUUCCAGCUGCAGCAGGAGAAGCAGCAGCUCCGGGAGGAGCUGGAGAAACUCAUGAAGGAGCAGAACCUGCUGGAGACCAAGCUGAGGUCCUACGAGAAGGAGAAGACCAGCUUCGCCCCGGCGCUGGAGGAGACGCAGUGGGAGGUGUGCCAGAAAUCCGGGGAGAUCUCCCUGCUGAAGCAGCAGCUGAAGGAGUCCCAGACGGAGCUCAACACCAAGACCACCGAGAUCCUCGGCCUGAAGGCGCAGCUGAAGGAGGUGAGGGCGAAGAUGGAAGGGCUGGAGAUGAAGACCCAGGACCUGGAGGUGUCCCUGCGCACCAAGGCCAUGGAGCUGGAGGUGUGCGAGAACGAGCUGCAGCGCAAGAAGAACGAGUCGGAGCUGCUGCGGGAGAAGGUGAACCUGCUGGAGCAGGAGAUCGUGGACCUGCGCACGGAGCUCGCCGUCCUCAGGGAGCAGCUGAGCGAGGCCCGGGAGGGGCCCGGGCCCUGUGCGGGGCUGGAGGAGGCCCAAGCCCUGCAGGGCGAGGUGGAGAGGCUGCGGGCAGAGCUGGAGGCCGAGCGGGACAACAACGAGCAGAUGACCUCCGGCUUCCAGCACGAGCGGCAGACGUGGAAGGAGGAGAAGGAGAAGGUGAUCCACUACCAGAAGCAGCUGCAGCAGAGCUACCUGCACAUGUACAAGAGGAACCAGAACCUGGAGAAGAUGCUGCAGCAGCUGGCCGCGGGGGAGGACGGCAAGGAGCCCAUCGAGCUGGAGAUCCCCGGCGCCGACGUGCCCUACGAGGACAUCAUCGCCACCGAGAUCUGAGCCGGCCCUGCCCUGCCCUGCCCUGCCCUGCCCUGCCUGCAGCUCGGGGCAGGUGUCCCUCCCGGGGGGGACACGCUGCCCGUGCCUUGUACAGUCCA